AUUUAGAAGUCGGAAAUUCAGAUAACGUAACUUUCCUUUAUCUUCUGCGCGCGGCCAUGUGGCAUUCACGUCGUAUUAUAUGGAAAUUGUAAAUCUAUAACUCUUUACUCUAGUCCUAGUGUUUAGUCCUGUACUCCUGUGUGGUCACAAAUCAUUGUAACCUUAAGUAAUUUCCUGUUGAAAAUGUAAGUAUGUAAGUGGUUUUCUGGUAUACGUACUACGUUGAAUCUUUAACCGCGUAGGUUGUCGCCGACAAAUACAAAUAUGACUGGACCGCAGAAAAAGAAAAAACACCAUGUUGGAGAUACAUUCUACAAACGCAAGUACAAGACCAAACAUAGAGCCAGAGACAUUGACGAGGUUGAUAAUGACUUAAAGAAAGAAAAUGCAGACCGUUUGUUAAAGCAAGCUCUUGAUUUUGAUAAACCUGGCGAAGGACAACACUACUGUAUACAUUGCGCACGUUACUUUUUAAGUGAUCAAGUUUUACAAGAUCAUUUUCGUACAAAAUUACACAAGAAACGAAUUAAAGAACUUAGGCUUGAGCCAUAUACGAUUGAAGAGGCUGAAAGAGCGGCUGGUUUUGGCAGUUACAUAGCUCCAAAAGAAAGAGUCAUUGUUACACAACCAAUCAAUGUUGAAGAAUACAAAGAACCUGAACAAGUUGCUGAUAUUUGUUCAUUAAAUAUAGAUUUACAAUGAUAAAAAAA